UUCCCCUUGACGCUCUUUGAGCUCUCCGCGGGGAUGGCUGGCCACGGCAGUGAUAGGUCGUAGUACAUCACUGCCUGACGUUGGCUUGCGUCGUCUGUGCCUCGUCGACUGGUCGCGCGACAGCUGGCGACUGUCUGGAAAGGAGAGCCUCGUCGACUUUGACUUGCCCACCGCCUGAUUCCAACGUCAGAAUGGCUCGCAAAUUCUUCGUAGGAGGCAAUCUCAAGAUGAACGGCACGCUCGACAGCAUCAAAAAGCUCGUCGAGAACCUCAACAAUGCUACGCUGGAUAGCAACACCGAGGUCGUCAUCGCGCCGCCUGCGCUGUAUCUCAUCCCUAUCCGCGACCACUUGCGCAAAGAGAUUGAGCUAUCUGCCCAAGACGCCUACACGAAAGACCAAGGCGCAUUCACCGGAGAAGUGUCUGCAUGGCAGCUCUCGCAAGCGCAGAUUCCUUGGACCAUCAUCGGUCACUCUGAGCGUCGCUCGCUCUUUGCCGAGUCAGACGAAGCCGUAGCAGAGAAGACGCUCGCGUCCAUCAGCCACAACUUGAAGGUCAUCUUCUGCAUUGGCGAAUCUCUCGAGGAGCGUGAAGCCAACAAGACAGAGGAGAUUGUGUUUCGACAGCUCAAGGCAAUCGCAGACAAGAAGCCAGAUUGGUCGAAGCUUGUGAUUGCCUACGAGCCAGUGUGGGCAAUCGGCACAGGCAAAGUCGCGACGCCUCAGCAAGCUCAAGACGUUCACGCUGCCCUGCGCAAGUGGAUCUCCUCAAACGUUGACGACAGCGUAGCCAGCAGCAUCAGAAUCGUCUACGGCGGCUCUGUGAACGGCGGCAACGCUGCAAAGCUAGCAACAGAGCCAGACAUCGACGGCUUCCUCGUCGGGGGUGCAUCGCUCAAACCAGAAUUUGUCGAUAUCGUCAAUGCUAAUCACAGCAAGACGGGAAAGCUCUGAAGGAUGUAGGCAAGGAAAUGCAGAUUCGAACGAAUAGCUUGCAAUCAAACUCGAACGAGUAGCCACAUUGUCGCGAUUUGUGAGACUGCGAUGCCAAAGAGGAAUUGUAUCCUCCUGCUUCGUUGUGCAUGCCCCACUGUACUCGUCGUCGUCGCGC